CCUUGAUUUUAAUUUUUGUGUAAAUAAAUUUAGGUCAUAGAUAUAAGUAAUUAGUACUUAAAUGUGAUCAGUGAAGGAUUUAAGCUUCUACGAUGUCGAAUAGUUCUAUUGAAGGACGAAUAAGAGGUUUAGAAGAGCGAUUAGAAAAUGAAUUGCGUGUUCAGGGAGAAGGUAACUACCACAACCAAGGUGGUCUCGGAGCUUCUAGGCCUGGAAACAGCAGGAGACCUAGACACCCCCUGAUGUUCUCCAGUAGAGAGAUCCCAGCCUACCCACCAAGAUCACCGCAAGCUACAGAAACAGAACAUAAAAUGCGGGAAGUUCACAAGGUUAGUGGCAAACUGAAUGUGGAAGGCGUUGAGUACCGUUCUCACGAAGGGGACCUGCAGCUCCUCGGCGAGUUGGGCAGCGGGACCUGCGGCCACGUUGUCAAAAUGCUGCAUAAACCAUCUGGCGCUGUUAUAGCCGUCAAACAAAUGCGACGAUCGGGCAAUUCAGAAGAAAAUAAACGCAUUCUGAUGGACUUGUACGUCGUAGUUCAUUCGCACGACUGUCCUUACAUCGUGCGGUGUUUAGGUUGUUUUGUGACGGACGUUGACGUCUGGAUUUGCAUGGAGCUCAUGGCUUCCUGCUUUGAUAAACUGCUCAAGAGGCUUCGCGCUCCUAUACCAGAGGACAUACUUGGAAAAGUGACCGUUGCGACGGUAAACGCGCUAUCGUACCUGAAAGACGUGCACGGCGUGAUCCACCGCGAUGUCAAGCCGAGUAACAUCCUGCUGGACGAGCGCGGGAACAUCAAGCUGUGCGACUUCGGCAUCAGCGGACGACUCGUCGAUUCCAAAGCCAACACAAGAGGCGCUGGAUGUGCUGCGUACCUGGCCGUAAGUGAAAAUUUCUUCACUCAGCCGAGUACCUUUUCAAUUACCAGAAAACUGACAGAAAUAUAG